ACUGUGUUGCAAGCCAAAGCUUCGCAUCUGGCUCCACAGUUAACCACUUCACCCCCAAAAAUCUGUGCUCGCCGCAAACGCUGCUCAGUUUUUAACCGACUUUCGUGCAAUAUCCACGUUACGGCCAUCCGGCUCUUUACUUCGAUUUCCCACGGCGCGUAUACAUACACAAACAAACAAAAGCAACAAACCAGCGGCGAAUCACCAGGUGUGGAAUUAUGUGUUAGAGCAAAACAAAUACGGAAAUACGGGAGACACAGCUCUCGUAAACAUUUUUUUGGCCGGAUUAAAACAAAUUUCAAAAUCAAUAUAAGACUCCCUCUCCCGCGAAUGUCUAAGUGAGAGAGAUAGAUACGCCCGCAUCUCAACGCGCAGCAUCCGAAAGCGAAAAGUGCAGCAAAAAAGCCGGAGUAGUGCGUGCAUCCGUAGCGCCACUGGAAACUGGAACGAGCACUCGUAUAGCCGUGAGAUAUAUUUUCAAGCCCAAUCCCUCCGAGGUUGCUGUUUUACUUUUUUACCGUUGCGGGGCUGUGCUCAUACACACACACACCAAGUACACCAACUAGAGACUAAAAGAACAAUCGAGGGGCAACAUAAUGGUGGAGUUCCGCUUCGAUAUCAAGCCGCUGUUUCCGCAGCCAAUUAUCAAGGUGACAUCGAACCUCCUGCCGCACACAUUCCGCGGCGAUCGGCGUCAGUGUUUAGAUGCCACCUCCAAGAUGUCGGAGAUCAUCGACCGGCUGGGCCAGCUCUCGGCCACCUCGCAGGGUCUCAGCAAGCCGGUGACCACGGCCCAACGUCUGAGGAUGUCCGAUAACCAGACCAUCUAUCUGCUGGCGGAUAGUGAGGCGGGUCAAAAUGGCGCCGUCACGGGUCUCCUUAAGGUGGGCACCAAGGAUCUCUACUUGUUCGACGAGUCCGGGCAGACGCGCAAGGUGGAGCAGGCUCCAUCCAUUCUGGACUUCUAUGUGCACGAGUCCCGUCAACGCGCCGGAUUGGGAAAGCGUCUUUUCCAGACAAUGCUAAGCGAAGAGCAGUGGACGCCACUAAAGUGCUCCGUGGACCGGCCGUCAGAAAAGCUUCUGGGUUUCCUCAGUAAGCAUUACGGAUUACAGCGGGUCAUUCCGCAGGCGAAUAACUUUGUACUCUACGAGGGAUUCUUCAACGAUGCGGCCUCAGCAAAUGGACACGGCCACGCCCAGUCGCCGCAGCGCACCCAGAAUGGCCUGCACAUCACAAACAGUCCUAACACACAGCUCUUUGGUGCUACUUACCUGGGCGAGGAUUCUAACCGGCGGCGUGGUUCCCAGCAGCAGACAACCCCAAAUGUGCUGAUCCAGCAGAUCACACAGAUCUCUCCGACCGGACGAUAUGGGGCCCGUCGUCCCACUUGCAGCAUGGCCGAGAUAAUUCAUGCUGGCAGCUCGAAGGGUGGAAAAGGCAAUGGCAGUGCAGAAUCGAACAGCGGAAAUGAUAACCAUGAUCUUGUAGAGAUUGCCGAGCAACUGCAGCGGCAGAGUUUGGCCGACUUGGAGGCCAACAGCUUUGAGCCGGAGCCUGAAGUUGAGCCGGAGGUUGUACCGGAACCCGAACUGGAGGUUAUUACUCCACCAUCACCGCCGCCAAAGAGCCACACUCCGACUCCCCCAUCCGUGCGAUCCCCUGAGGUGGCCGAGAGCAUCGUUGGUGACAACCGGAGACCUCCGGCUUUCCAGCUGAGCAAGCAGCACACGGGCAUGAAGAACCGAUCGUUUGGCGUCGGGAUGGCCGUAAUGCCAAGCAGCAAGAUGGAGUUCGAUCAGAUGGAGCGCGAAGAUUUCGGCGUGGUUAAGAUCAACCGUCCGCCUGGUCAUGACGUCACCUCGCCGGGCCAGGAUAACACGGAUGCCAUGUCCACCGUGUCCUCCGGCGGUGGUGGUGGCGGCCUCACUGAUCAGGGCUACUACGAUCUCAAGUUCUACCACAAUAAGUUGUGGUAAACGUCACAAGCCGACAACCACGAAAUAUUUGCUAGCAUCUUUUGUACGUGUGGCAUAAGCAUAAUUAACAACAUUAAUCUAGACACUAAGAAUGUAUUACCUAAUCAAAACAACACACCAAACGGUUCCUGUACUUCAGUUCAAUGAUUUCGUUGUGAGCUUCUUCAAAGACUUUUGUUAAUUUGUUCAUUUGUUACAAGCCACGCACUCCGAAGAGCAUCUGUAAACGUAGAGCCUCACGAAUUAAUGUUAACAAUAGCAAAUUGAAAUGUACGUAGAGUAAUUACCGUCGGUACUGAGCUAGAUAACUUUCAAACAUAUUUAAUUUUGGUUUUGCCUUGUACCGCGGAUUCUCAAAACCCCUUAAUGUUAUCCAACCUGUGUGUAUCUUCCAAUUACAGAAAACGCGAAUAUUUCGAACAAAUCUAUGGCGAGUACAUGCUAUAGGGAUAGCGCCAGUUGGCCAGAACCCAUCUUCAUAACUAUACUCAACAUUUCUCAAACAUUGUCUAACAUUUAGUUUAUAACACAACCCCCAAAUGCAAUAGAUUAAAGAUGAUGAUAUACAAAUAAAGCACAAUUUUUGUCGACUCUA